GUGUGCUGCUGUAUGUUCAACGUUUCACUUGAGUCAAGCCUGAUCUAACCCUUGGAUGUGAUCUGCCGAUCUAGGCAAGGUAUAAGGACAUUUUGCAAUUACUUUCAGAGGAAAUCAAAGAUUAAACAGUUCACCAUGAUUGACUUGCUUGGAGGUGGAGAGUCCAGCUUUGGUCAGCUGAAUGCCUUGACCAUCACAGCAACUCUUGGAGUGGUCACUGCUACUCUCGCCAUGUGGACCAUGAUGAGGCCAAAGGGGUUCCCACCUGGUCCCAGGGGUCUACCUUUCAUCGGCAGCAUCUACAGUAUGACCGAUUCUCCCGAGGUGGUCUUUAAGAAAUGGUCUAAGCAGUAUGGUGAUAUCUUCGGUUUUAAGGUCGGGGAAAGAUGGAUGGUCGUUCUUAACCGACAAGCUUUGAUCAAAGAAGCCGUACUCAAACAGGGAGUAGACUUUGCAGAUCGUCCUGAUUUCUAUACGUUUCACAUUUUAACGGAUGGUUAUAAAGACAUCGCAUUCAGUCCAUACAGUGAGACUUGGAAACUUCAUCGCAAGUUGGCUCAUACUGCUCUCAGGCACUUUGCAACCGGCAAACCUCUACAGAAUCUGAUCUCAAGCGUCUAUCCAAAGGUUGAGAUGAGUCUUGCUAAGACUGAAGGAAAGCCAGUGGAUCCAAAAGUCCGCCUGACUCUUCUCAUGUUCAAUGUACUUGCACAGAUGUGUUUUGGAAAGAGUUAUGAUUUGGAUGAUCCUAGCAUUGCUGGUUGGAUGGAAUUGAAUGAUGAGUUUAACGUACAGUUUGGACUGGGUCUGGCAGCGGAUUUCUUUACUUGGGCCAAAUAUGUUCCUACGAGUGGGCCUCGGCUCAUGAAGGAUCUCGCCGAAAGGUUCUUCUCCUACACUCGUUCACAGAUUGCCGAAUCAACGGAAAAUUAUGAUCCAGAGAACAUCAAUGAUUUCUACAGUCUGCUUCUCAAGGCCCAGGAAGAUGCAAGGAAAGAAGGAGAGAAUGUAGAUAAAAUGACAGAUGUCCAUAUCUUCCAGACAAUUUCAGAUAUCUUUGGAGCUGGAACUCAGACCACUAUUGAGACUCUGUACUGGGCCCUGGCUUUGCUUACGACCUACCAGGAAAUCCAGGCAAAGGUUCAGACCGAGAUCGAUGACGUCAUCGGCCGUAAUCGUCUCCCUACCAUCAACGACCGUGGUAAACUUCCCUACACGGAGGCAACCCUCUACGAAGUAAUGCGGUACAGCAGUAUCACCCCUGUUGCACUGCCUCACGCUACUACUCGAGAUACAAAAUUGGGAGGCUAUUACAUCCCCAAGGGUGCGGUUGUGAUGAUGAAUACCUACUCCAUGCACUAUGAUCCUCAAGAAUGGGACCAACCAGACAAGUUCCUCCCAGAGCACUUCUUGGAUACAAGUGGUACUGUCCGUGAUCACCCUCCAAGCUUUCUACCCUUUGGUGCAGGACGUCGUGGUUGUCUCGGUGAAGCCGUAGCCAAGGCUGAUCUCUUUCUGAUCUUCACAUGGUUCAUGCAGAACUAUACCUUUAGCAGGGUUCCUGGAAAGGAAUCCGAAGACAUCUUAAAGAUGAUUCCUCAGAUAGCUUCUGGAAGACUUCUGAGGCCGUAUGAGAUCAUGAUCAACAAGCGUGACUAAUAGAUUCAUGAGAAGGCUCGGUAGAAAUAUGAAUUUUUAAACCUGUGUUGCUUUUAGGUAGAGUAUAAAUUCAUAGGUUAUGGCUGCUUAACGUACGCUUAAGCUGACCAGAGCCCCGUAACCUUUUGCGAUGAAUAGAAAAAAAAAGAGGGCAAAUCGCUUCUGAUUGGUUACUGGUCAGUAUUUUGAGCCAGAUGCUCGAUAAACAAUAAUCUUGAUCGGUUUAAUUCAUUUAGCGAUUGAUUUCUAAUCUUUGUGUUACGCUCCCUAGAUCUACUAAUGAACUACCGCAUUAUCACUGUCAUGAUCUUACAGGAUGUUAUUUGAUUUUAUUUUACACUAUUGAGUUUAUCCGAAUAAUAAAUUUUUGUGCAAAAAUUAUGGAAUAAACUGCCUGUAGCACUACGAUCUGCUGACAAGACUAAUUUAAAAGGUUUAAAUCUCUGCUUAAAACGUUUCAAUUUCUGCUUAAAACGCAUUUAUUUGCUUAGGAUACCUUUUCUCCUCAUAUGUUUUUUUGGUUAAACUAUUCAUGUUUAGUUUUUUUUGUGUGAGGAUGGGAUGCUUUUGUGAAUUGGUUUUGUGUUUUUAGAGCCCUUGUGAGCUAUGGGCCUGCCGAGUUGCCUUUUGGGCAAGUUCCUUACAUUGCGGGUGAACAGGGCAUUAAUUAAGAUCAGGCACCUUUCUCCUUAGAUAUAUUUUAAGUGCUGUUUAUGUAAUUUCAUUAUUGUUAUUAUUAGUUGUUUAUUGUUGAUAAAGCACUCUAUGGGUACAUGCUAUGUAUGUAUACGUUGUAGACAUGUUGGAAUUAGCAAGAAUUAUAUCAGAUAUUACAUUAUCACGAAUAUACAUGUAUUCAAUUUUGUUAAAAACAGCAGAGAUUUAUGAAAGCCUUGUAAAGUUUAUAGUAAAGUUGUAUUAGACAGCAGAGAUCUAUGAAAGCCUUGUAAAGUUUAUAGUAAAGUUGUAUUAUAGAUAGCAGAGAUCUAUGAAAACCUUGUAAAGUUUAUAGUAAAGUUGUAUUAUAGACAGCAGCACGGAUGGGUUAUAACCCUGCUUUAGUAAAUUCUUGCAUUUUCUUUUUACCUUAAUUCUAACUAGUGAUUUUGAAGGAAAAUUCUUCAAGUAAUAUGUUAGCGCUUUCUUUUUAAAGGAAUAUUUCCAUAAGAUUCAUAAAAUGCAUUCAGCCACUCUUCAAAUGCUAGAUCCCUUUUGAAUGAUUCAACAUGUUCAUUGUCACUAAAAUAUUGUUUUUUUUAACUGUGGUAAACUUCUUGUGCAAUGUAAUUUCCGCAUUAUAGAUAAACCGUAAAUAUAUUUUUAAUCCGUAGGGUAUUUUGCUUUAUAUAUAAUGGAAAAUACCACCGAUAAAAGGCUAGCAUUUCUGGUGUGGGUAUAAGGGAUAAAAUAACAAAUAGAAGGCAUAUAGGAGUGGUUUAUGUUCAAUAUUUUAUAGUAGUUUUUAAUAUUUUGCGAGAGGAGGAAGUAACAUUUUAAGAUAUUUACGAGAUAAACUGCUUUACCGUAAAGGGAUGUAUGAAUUUACCUUGCAAUUACAAUAAUGACAUUUUUUUUCUCCUUGAAAUCACUAUUUUUAAAUCAUAUUCACCUUUUUUAUAUGAUAUUCUUUCUAAUUAUAAUUGCGAAUAUUCACUGACGUGUAAAGUCUGACUCCCCAUCUUCUCCGAUCUCAUAAAUAAUAAAACUAUUGUGAACUAUUAU